AUGGGCCGGGAGGACCGCGACCGGGCGUCCGACGAGGAGCCGGAGGUUGAGGACGUCGAGGCGGACGGCCUCCUCCCGCCUCUGAAGCACGUCCAUGACUACGGGCGUGUCGCGCACGAGCUCUGCGCAGCGCGCCGGGAAGAUGCCAAGCGCCUGCGAGACCUACCCGCGGGCCUCUGCAACAGCGGCAACACCUGCUUCGCGGCAUCGGCGCUGCAGUGCCUCUACCACACGCGCCUGCUGACCGCACACUUCGCGGACGAGCCCCACCCGCACGACAGCUGUAAGAACCCCGGCUUCUGCGUGACGUGCGAGUACCAGAAGCACGUGCUCAAGGCGCUGGAUGCGGAGCCGCGCGGGUCCUUCUCCAUCGGCAAGCUCACCAACGCCAUUGGAAGCAUCGCGAAGCACUUCGUCCGCGGGAGGCAGGAAGACUCGCACGAGUACAUCCGCGGCUUGCUCGACGGCAUACACGUCCAGGCGCUGAAGGAGUUCGCGGGGGAGAAGGCGGAGAAGGAGCUCGACGCCAGGACACAGGAGACGACGAUCGUGCACCACAUCUUCGGCGGGUACACGUGCGGGCAGGUGGAGUGCAUCCAGUGCGGACACGUGAGCAGAAACUACCAGUCCAUGAUCGACAUCCCCGUGGAGGUCACCGCCAAGUCAUCCUCGGGGAUAGAGGCGUCGCUCAAGUCCAACUUUCUGGACACGGAGAUACUGGACGGCAGCAACAAAUACAAGUGCGCCAGGUGCAGGGCCUACGUGCGCGCGGAGAAGGGGGGUAAGAUCCACGUUUCCCCCAACGUCCUCGUGGUUCCGCUCAAGCGGUACACGAUGGGCCGGUUCUCCAAGAUCACCAAGUUUGUCGAGUUCCCCGCCACCCUGGACCUGACGCCUUACAUGUCGAGGGACGCGCCGUACGAGGGUAAGUCGCCGCCGACGUACACCCUGUACGGCGUCGUGGUGCACCUGGACUGGGGCGGCAGCGCGCACAGCGGCCACUACGUCUCCUACGUCCGGUUGCUCGACGGUCGAUGGUGCAAAUGCGACGACGGCCGCAUCGAGGAGACGGACGAGGCGACGGUGCUCAAGCAGAAGGCGUACCUCCUCUUCUACGAGCGG